UUACAAGAAUAGCAUGAAUCCAACUUGGGCCAAAUCCAAAGUAAGGGUUUGAUAUUACUCAACACAACCCACCGCACAUCUCAGUCGAUUAUACAGCAAGCUUCAUCCAUCCAUCCAUCCAUCCAUCCUGAUCCUGCUCUCAGACCCGCUCUCCCCUCCCUCAGGCUUCAUCGCCAGAUCGGAGCGAACCAGAUCGAAUCUGAGCGAAUUCAUCACAGAUUGAAGCAAGAAGACCACGUUUUUAGAGGGCGCUUUCGUAUUGGGAAAAGGUUCAUGGUCUUCUCAACUCCCUUUCUUCAUGAAGGUGUCCCCUUCUUUUCUAGAAAGAGGUUCAAAGUGUCAGGUCUUGCACAUCCAGAUAUAGAUGCAGGAAUUUCCGGUGAUAUACCCUUGCGAGAUGUAGAAAGAUGUACUGGUGACAUUCCCUCUUGCUGCAAUUUUGAUGAUAAAGUUGAUCCUGAUUCUGAAAUGGAGAUGACCUGUCCAUCAAAUGUUAACAGUGGUGAUGUUCCUGUUUGUUCUACUCCUACCACUACAGGUAGUAUUUCACAUCUGGACCAGAGUUUCACUGGCUAUGUGCAACCACCUGCUUUUGUGAGUGGAUGGAUGUAUGUGAAUGAACAAGGGCAAAUGUGCGGUCCUUAUAUUAAGGAGCAGUUAUAUGAGGGCCUAACUUCUGGUUUCUUGCCAUUAGAACUUCCUGUGUAUCCUAUGAUCAAUGGCACGAUAAUGAACCCUGUACCAUUGAAUUAUUUCAAGCAGUUUCCUGACCAUGUUUCCACCGGGUUUGCAUAUCUUUCUAUGAGUACCUUAAGCACAAGGAUGCCUACGCAUUGCCCCUCCUCUUCUUGUAAGGAUAUGGCAGUUUACGGGCACGACAGAUCUUCUGAACAUGCUGCUCCUCUGGCUGCGAACACCGAUUCACAUACACUUGUCAAUUACAGCAUUAAGGAAUCCAAUCAAUCGGAUUCAAACUCUGAGUCCUUCAACAGUAUAAUAUCUUGUCAGAUGUUACGUGAAGAUUCUUGUUGGCUUUAUGAGGAUGAAAAGGGAAUGAAACAUGGGCCACAUUCUUUUUCGGAAUUGGUUUCCUGGCACCACCAUGGAUAUCUUAAAGAUUCAACCGCGAUCUCCCAUUCUGACAAUAAGUAUGGCACAUUUGUGUUACUAUCUGUUGUAGAUGCAUUGAAAGGAGAUAUAUCUGGAACCAUGUGUAGAUCAGGUUCCACAAGCAAUGAAGUUGGUAAUGUGGUGAACUUAACUUGUGAAAUAUCUGAAAAUAUUUCGUCCCAGUUGUACAUGGGCGUCAUGAAAGCUGCCCGCAGAGUUGUGCUAGAUGGGAUUAUUGGUGAUAUCAUUGCAGAAUUUUUUACUGAAAAGAAACACCAGAGGCUUAAGCUUGAAUCAACUGAUCGUAAUUCUGAGACUUGCAAGUUAGACAAAAAAAUGUGUAAGUUUUCCGUGGAGAUUAGUCAAGAUACUGCCAUUCCAAGUGAGCUUGCAUCUUCCCAUAUUUUGGAUGAUCAGUCCUGUCAUGAAAUUUCGGGACCAUCUUCAACAAGUGUUAAGUCAGUUGGAAGUGUUGAAAAUUUUUGGUGGUCAUAUGCUGUUGUUCGUAAAGUACUUUUUAAUUAUUGCUUACAAGUCAUGUGGAAUGCAGUGUUUUUUGACCCUUUAACAGAGUACUUAUUUUCCUGGAGGAAGAGGAAACUUUGGUCUCAACCUAAGCCUCAGCCAUCUGUUAAUGGAUGCAAAGAUUAUGGUGAAAAGAUUGAACAGUAUGAAGUUCCAGAGAGAGAUUAUCAUCCUCAGUUAGAUUCGUCUCCUAGUAGUCUCAAAAGUGGAAACAUACUCGAAGGUCAAAUGAUUUCACACACUUACAACUCUAAAGAUUUGACAUGCAUUAUCGAAGGUGUGGAGAAUGAGCUUCACUUCUCUUCAAAGAUGUCUUUAGCUGAUUACAUUCGAAGUUUUGUUGAAAAGGAAGUGAACACAUUAAUUCCUUCCCCAGAGGAAGACAAAUUGAGUCAGGUUGUUAUUAGUGACAGUGGCACUUGUAAAACAUCUGUGAAGGAUAUUCUUAAUGACAAGUCUAUGGAUCCUGUAAGAGAUGGGCAUUCCUUUUGCAUGUCCGCAUCUGGAAACCAUAUGUCUAAUAUAUUCUCAAAAGCAUUUAAAGAAUUGUGUGGACAUUUGGAUGAUGUGGUUGAUGAAGAGGAGAUUGGUAACCUACCACUACCACCUGGAUUUGAAAAGAAAUGUCCUACAAUUUUCCCACAAUUCAAUUCAAAAUUUCGACCUUCAAGGUUAUUUGAAUGUAAUCCUAAGAUUACAGAAUAUGUUGCCACUGCGCUGUGCCGUCAGAAGCUGCACGAUGAAGUUCUAGAAGACUGCAAGUCUUCACUUCUUGAUUCUGCAUUGAAUCAAAUUUUUAUAUCAUUGUGUCCCAAGAAGAAGCAAUUCCGUUCUUAUGGUCGUAACAAGAAAGAGAAAGCAUUAUGUGCAAGCAAGGAACAUUCAAAUGAUGCUACUUCUGGACUAGGAAGAGUGAAGGAAGGAACAAAAAAUUCUUCUGGAGUUCCUAUGGUGAUUGAAAAAUAUACAUCCUACAGCAAGAAGCGGUCAAAGAAAGAGUUGCAUUCCUCCCAAUGUGUAACAGAUGAUUAUUUGAGGCCAGGAAAGCCGCCUGUGGCUAAGUUAAGGAAAUCUAGAGAUGUGGAUGAGACUGCAGAAGUCAAAAUAACGUCUCUUAAACCUGGAAAGGCUAGGAUGAUUAAAGGGAAAAAGGAUACACAUUCUAAUGGCAGGUCUUCUUCUGUCAAUGUCAACAGUAACUCCCACAGUGAUCAGUUGUCCUCGAAGAAUAAAACUAGUCAGAAAGUAUUGAAGUUUUCAAGUACAGUUCAAAAUGAUGUUAUGGAUGUUGUAAAGUCUAAAGAAAAGAAGCUUUCAACGUCAACAGAUAAUAGCGUUAGCACAAAGAAGGUGAUUAGAAGUGAUGGUUGUGAUGGAGCAACCAUUCAAGGGAAGACCACUGGUUCCAGAGAGAUACUUAAUGCAUCAAAGAAAGUUUCAAAAUUAAAAAGGAAGCAUCAAAUAGAUGGUAUGACAUCCUCACAUCCUGCUAAGGUUUUGAAAAUUUCAAAUAGUGCGAAUGUGGGAGCUAGCAAACAGGUUACUGUGGCAAGGGGGAAUUCUGCUAAAUCGAAGCAAUUGAAUUUAUGUCCUCGAUCUGAUGGAUGUGCUAGGGCUUCUAUUGAUGGAUGGGAAUGGCAUAAAUGGUCUCGAAGUGCCAGUCCUGCAUAUAGAGCACGUGUCAGGGGUCUUCCGCGUGUACAAAACAAGUGCAUGGAUACUGAAAAUAAUUUAUCUCAGUUGUCAAAUGGUAAGGGUAUUUCUGCAAGAACUAAUAGGGUGAAAUUGCGUAACCUUGUUGCUGCUGCUGAGGGUGCAGAUCUUUUGAAAGUGGCUCAAUUGAAGGCACGGAAAAAGCGAUUACGUUUUCAAAGGAGCAAGAUUCAUGACUGGGGUCUUAUUGCCAUGGAGCCAAUAGAGGCAGAGGACUUUGUCAUUGAAUAUAUUGGAGAACUAAUUCGUCCUCAGAUAUCUGAUAUACGAGAGCGUCAGUAUGAGAAGAUGGGAAUUGGAAGCAGUUACCUUUUUAGACUUGAUGAUGGUUACGUGGUUGAUGCUACAAAGAGAGGUGGGAUUGCAAGAUUUAUUAACCAUUCUUGUGAGCCCAACUGCUAUACAAAGGUUAUAUCUGUUGAGGGUCAAAAGAAGAUUUUUUUAUAUGCAAAACGGCAUAUAGCUUCUGGAGAAGAAAUUACAUACAAUUAUAAGUUUCCCUUGGAGGAGAAAAAGAUUCCCUGCAACUGUGGUUCCAAAAAGUGCCGUGGAUCACUUAAUUAGGUAGAUACUGAGGCUAAUCCUGGUUGUUGUUUUCAACGUCCACAUUUUAAAGCAUUGGGUGGACACACUUAUUGCCAUAGGAUUACACCCAAAAUAGUUGGAUGUUGCAUGCUGAAGAUUUGACGAUUGUUACUUCAUACUUCACUUGAAAUCAAAUUGGAUGAGUUGCAAGAGUGCUUGAAUGUAUCGUACAUGUUAUGGAUCAGCAUCAUUAAUGGUGAACUGAAUUCUUUUGGUGAUUGAUUUACAAAUUGGAUUGCCUACUUGUUCGUGAUGAAAUAACUAACUCGGGCAUUCUUGUAGGCUUUUUGUGGCAGAGUAGCUCAAGUAGGAAAAACUGUUUGUUUGCUGAGUUGGAUUGUGCAUUCUGUUGGCAAUGCUUAUGCUUGUUGGACUAUCAAGUGUGAGCAAGAAGUCUCACGUUGAUGAAAAACCAAGUAUCGAACAAUUUAUAAGUAAGCUGACUCAUACACUUAUUGCCUUAAAAUUUAGAGUAAAAAAUGUGGUGUCCAACCCCCUUGUCUUAUUUGCUCUCAUAGUCCAAUGUGGAGAUCCUUAAGUCUUUCGCUACCCAACAAUGCAGGGAGAAGCUCAUGUGAUUUGAAAAAGUAAGGGUUAACACUCCACUUACACCACAAUGAGAGGGAUAUGAAUAGAAAAAAAAGGAAAGUGAGAGAUAUGAUGAGUGAUGUAAAAAAGAAAAGAAGAAAAAAAAAAUGAAAACGUAAGUGAUGUAAAUAUGUUCUAGCAAUUAACUCCGCCUGUGUCUUAUAUAACACAGCCGGUCCCCAGCCCGGACAAAGGAGGAGGGUUGCAAUUUCAAGUUUAUAAUGGAAGUAAGUUCACCGAUGUUGUGCAGGACUCCUAUUUUUUUUAUACAUUAUUAUUAUAUCUCAAUUCACAAUUAAUACAUAUCAUUUGUUAAGGACUCUUAACAUUAACAUUCUGAAUGGCGUAGACAUGUAGGUUAUGUAUAAUUUGUUAGUUUAUUUUGCA